AUGGAGGAGCCAGGACCGAAAAGAGGGCCCGCGAUUGCUGCUCACCAGACGGGCCCAGGACCUGGAUGCUACAGUUUGCCUCCGACGGUCGGAUUUGUCAACCAUGACUAUACCCGUUUCACCAGUCCAGCGUAUUCCUUCCACCAGAGACUCAACAACAGCAUUCACGUGAAAGAUCCAAGUCCCGGCCCCUGUUACUACGUGGAACCCGAGAUCACCCGCUUUGGCAGGGCCAGGGGUCCUUCCUAUUCCAUGCUAGCACGAGCAAAACCUCCAGAGCUAACUCCGACCCCUGGACCGGGCAUGUACAGUCCUGAGAGAGUCCCACCUCCAUCCCAGCAGAGACCACCAUCUUUCUCAAUGGGUGCCCGCACCAAAUACCGCCUAGUGGACUCCGUUCCAGCUCCCAAUAGUUACACGCUCCCCUCACUACUUGGCCCACGGGUCCCGAGCAAACCUUCCAGCCCCUGUUUCUCCAUCUCCGGCCGGAACAAGAGAGGCAGCUAUUCUGAAGAUCUGUCUCAAACGCCUGGCCCGGGAUGCUACAAGACCACGGACCCCAAUGUUUUCUUGUGCCGCCCUCCGGCUUUCUCUAUGCUGGGGAGGCUUAGGGGACCGACCAGGAAGUUCCACACGCCGGGACCGGGGACACACAGUCCGGAAAAGGUAACCAUCCACAGGGAGAGGGCCCCUUCGUACUCCCUGGGGGUCCGUCACUCCGAAUACCUCAUGCCACUGAUUGUGGAUGUGCCUGAAUGGUAG